CCCUCAGUGUGUCUAGAGCAGCGGGAGGGGGAGGGUGUACGUCUUAUCUGCUGCUCACAACACUGACUUGUACGCUUUGAAGGUUGGGCAGCUGAGUGUCUCUUUGCCCCUUCCCUCGGUGCAGUGUGGCGUUGGAGUGGCGGGCGGGAAGAGGAGGAGAGAGGGUAGGGAAAGACAGCAGAGGGAAAUACGUACCAGUGAAUGCUUUUGUGAGAAUCCCAACAUCCUACCGUGGUGUCCUCUUGCAUCCUGUAACACACACACACACACACACACACACACACACACACACACACAGCGUUGUUUGUGUAAGUUGUAAAAAUUUGAAGGAAUAGUGGAAAGAAAAACUGAUCUCUGAUAAUUCUGUUCACAAAUUUACAGUAAUUCCUUCUGCCUGCCAGUAAGUGAAUGCCAAGGAAGCGUGUUGGAGUAAGGCAGUGAAGUCAAGUGAAGAAAUAGUUAAAAGUUGAUCAUAAUUCGAAAGAGAGUGAAUGAAGAAGGGAAAUUAAGAUACAAAGGAAGAGAAGGAAGAGACCAGGAAGGGAAAUAUACGGCAAGAGAGUAAUAAGAUAACGAAGUAACGGAAAACCAAUAAAAUAAAGAGGCGAUGAUAGAAAGUCAAACAACAGACAACUGAUAGAAAAUAAAAUAAAACAAAAUAAUACUAAAGAAAAGAAAAAAAAAGUAGAUAAAAAGAGAAAAAAGAACAGCACCAGUAACAACAGUGCUGAUUAUUGUGUCAACCAACACACGCACACACACAUGCACCACCACUAGGCAAACCCCGCGUCACUUAGGUUACCCAGGGGACAUCCAAGGGUAUCAGGCACCAUGGCGGAGGCUCGCAGUGCAGUGGCCACGCCCAGGGUACAGAAGAAGGACCUGGGCACCACUGACUCCUUUGAUGACCUGGUGAAGUCCUACCGGCAGAUGAUCAUAAGGAAUUACUUCAGAUUUAGAAACUCUAUACGAAACGGAGUCUGGCCCACCUCCACUAACAAUCUGGGCGUGGCUUGUGGGUUCUCACUGUAUCUGCUGGAAUAUGAACCAGCCUCCGCCCACGCCCUCACCGCCCACCUCAAACAAGCAGUGGCCGCUCUCCCUCUGCCUUCUAAAACUCCAAAAUGGCUGGCCAAUUUGGUGGGAUCGGUGGGGCUCUCCUUCGUGUUUUUCAUGAUCCUGAUGAAGGUGCGGCAAUACCUCCUCAGGAUCCUGCUGGCCUACCGUGGCUGGAUGUAUGAGAAUGUGAGGGAAGUGUCAUGGAAGAACAAACUUUGGGGACUGACUGUCAAGUUUGUGUCAGGUUACCAGCCCUCUCUGUACUCCUGCCAGCGCUCCCUCCCCCGCAUGCCUGUCCCUGCCAUCGAUGAGACCCUUAGCAAGUUGCUGGAUAGCCUGAAACCACUGUGUUCAGAGGAAGAGUUCAAGGAUUACAGCAAGCAGGCACAGGACUUUGAGUGCAGCAUUGGGCCUCGUCUGCAGCGCCUCCUUUAUCUCAAGUCGUGGUGGGCACCCAACUAUGUCUCCGAUUGGUGGGAGAAAUAUGUUUACUUGAUGUCCCGAUGUCCUUUAGUGAUCAACUCAAACUAUUAUGCCCUGGAUCACUACAUCUGGACUCCAACCUCAAGGCAGGUAUCAAGAGCAGCUAAUGUGGUGCACUCCAUCCUGAGCAUCAAGCGACAGAUCGACCGUGAGGAGCUGCAACCGCUCUUACUGAGGAACACCAUUCCUAUCUGCAUGGCUCAGUAUGAGAGGCUCUUCUCCACUGUGAGAGUACCUGGAGAAGAGAUUGAUGAGCUGCUGCACUUUGAUUCCCAAGAGUCACGUCACAUUGUGGUGUGGCGCCAGGGUCUUUUCUACCAGCUGGGCAUCUACGACGACAAGAACCAGCUGCUGUCUGUCACCGUGCUGGAGAAAUUAUUCCAGGAUAUUAUUGACGAUGCUGACAAACACAAAGAGAGUGUGAGUGAGAGUGAACGCAGCGUUGCGGCUCUCACUGGUCUCCCCAGGACGGAGUGGGCACGAAUCCUGAGAGAAAACUUUAAGUCAGGCAUUAACAAAGACAACAUGGAUCUUAUCAACAAGGCAGUGUGCAUGGUGGUUUUGUCUGAUAAAGUUCCUGAGAAUCUAUCUGAGAAAGGCAAGAUGCUCCUCCACUCUGACGGACGCACAUUAUGGUGUGAUAAAAGCGUCAAUGUGUUCUUCUUCCCGGACGGUCAGUGUGGCCUCAACGUGGAGCAUUCUAUGGCAGAUGCUCCUGUCAUGGGCCACGUCUGGGAGUACGCAAUGACCAUGGAAGUGAUCGAGAGGAGGUACCUGGACAGUGGACAGGUCAUGCCUCCACCCAAGUCCUUCAAGCCUGGCAAUGUGACACACCCUCGGAGAAUCAUCUGGGACAUCACUGACUCCCUGGAGAAGCAGAUCAACAAAGCGUACGCCUUCAAUCAAAAGAACAAUGAUGACUUGGACCUUGUCAUCCGCGAACACACCAAGUUUGGGAAGGGAGUAAUUAAGAAGGCCAAGAUUAGCCCAGAUGCCUUCAUUCAAAUCUCUCUCCAGCUUGCCUACUACCGACACACUGGCAGGUUCUGCCAGACAUAUGAGGCAUCAGCAACACGGCUGUACCAGAAUGGCCGAACAGAGACUGUCCGAUCCUGCACUGAGGAAUCGUCAGCCUUUGUCCGAGCCAUGGUGAGCAGUAAGAUGUCCAAGGAGGAACUGCUGCAGCUGCUGAGGGUGGCAGGCAUCAGGCACCAGAAGCUGUACCGAGAUGCCAUGAAUGGAUUGGGCAUUGACCGUCACCUCUUUGCUCUCUUUGUCGUCUCCAAGGGCCUGGGUUAUGAGAGUCAGUUCCUGGAGUCAGUGAUGAGGCGCCCCUGGACUCUCUCUACCUCACAGCAGCCACAGCAACAGAUCCAAGCCAACACACCAGACAUCAACCUGGAACCAUUCAGGAAAAUGUGUUCGCCCGGCGGAGGGUUUGGGCCGGUGUCUGACGAGGGCUAUGGAGUGUCCUACAUGCUGCCCACUGAGUACAACAUCUUCUUCCACGUCUCCUCGAAGCGUUCCUGUCCCACCACCGACUCGAGCAAGUUUGCCGACCUGAUAUUCAAGAGCAUGAAUGAUAUUAGGCUUCUGUUCGACAGCUCGCAGCUCGAUUCAUAGUGCAGACUGUUAGAUUAGUUCAAGUUUUAUCAUAUUCCAUAUUACUUUCCAGUGAACCGUGUGUACAUGUAUGGCAUUGAUGUGUUCAUUAAGUGUAAAGAAUCUUUUCCUCUUCCAGUGAAACAAGAAGACUACUACUGUUUUUAUUCUUUUAAGUUAUUUAUAGUCUUUGAGAUUGUAUGAAUUUUAUCUUGAUUAACUUUUAAAUCAUGUUGUUCUAUAUAAAUCUUAUAGAGGGAACUUUAAUAUCGUGUACAAGAUUAUUAGGGUAAUACUCCACAGUGUGUGCGUGUGUGUGUGUGUGUAUAUGCAGUCUUUCAUAAGCUUGUGUAUUUUGUGCUUGACAAAUGCAGUCUUCUCUCUUCACCCAUGGAAUUUUAACUGCAGCUUCAACUGUGUAAGGUUUAUACUCAGUGCUAUACCAACUUUCAGCAAUAGUGUGAUAUACCAGGGUAACUAAGACUGUACUGUGAAGCAGCACUAAAGAGCAAUGCUAAUGAAGUGUGUCCACUCCAGCAGUGCUCCACCCACAGUAAGACUGAUGUGAAUAUAGACAAAACACUGCAGAAGACAAGUGACACCAGGAUGACGUCAGUUUGAAUCCUGAUGCCCGUGUGUGUGUGUGUGUGUGUGUGUGUGUGUAAUCUAGAGCAUCCAGUCUUGAGUCCUAAGCCUGUGCUAGCUCCCGGUGAGCCUCUCUGUGUAGAGAAGUGAUGAUGGCGUAUAAAGACAAAUCAAAUAUAUGUCUUGCAUUUUUAGCUCAUAGAAAGUGAAGAUUUUGUAAACCACAGAAGCAGCUUAUUGAAAGAUCUAUGGUUAUUGAACUGAAAUUUUGUCAGGCACCAAACUCAGCCUUUCUCUCGUUACACGGAACACAAGGUGAUUGAAGACAGUGACAAAAAAGAGCAGCUUACUUAAAACUCGUUAUUAUAGAACUGAAGUUACGUCAGGCACUGAACUCUUACCCGUUCUCUCAUCACGUGAAACACAGGGUUACCGACUGUGGUAACCCCCGUGGUUGAAGAGGGAAUACUGUGUGAUAACCUACAAGUGUGAGUCAUAUCUGAACCUCCACCGGUCAGACAUUCCACCACCAGUACAUCCCACUCAUGUUUCGCUGCCACCCUGGAAUGGACUGAAUCCCUGUUAAGUCUGACACACAGGGGACGUCUCCUUCGUAAAGCUGCCCUUCCUUGGCACCAGGUUCCUUUCAUGCAGAUUUGAUAGAGAAAUUGCCGUCGAAUGAAAAACUAUGUCAGGAAAUUAGCUGACAUUACUUAAGCCAAUGUUGGUUUUGUAAGUUGAACAACCUCCAUGCAAAACUCCUUACUAGAAUCACUGAUAUUACUUUACUUGCUUAAGAUUCUUUCAAGUCAAAUUAUUAUUUCAUUCAGACGGGAUUUCAGCAACCAAAUCUGUGUUAAGGAACUCGCUGAGAAGAGGCAAGCUUUACUAAUGAUAUGUUCCACUUGUGAUACUGUCUUUUCUACUUAAACAUGUCUUGGGGAUGUAAUGUGUUGUACCAGAAUGCAAUUAAUGGUUAUGUAAACUGACUACCUAUUGUAGAUCGAAAUGAAACAUUAAUAAAAUGAACUAUCCAUAAAAA